AUGGCGGACGAUAAGCGAAUAAAUUGUGUUCUUCCACCUUCUCCGAACUGGUACUGUAGCUCUGCUGCUGACUGUAGCUUAAACGGAGCGUACGCAUUCGUUGCUAAGAAGAGAGUGUAUGUAUUAGAUAUUAGCCGAGAGCCGCCAUGUUUCAAGGGGCAAUUUACGGAGCACUCAGACCGCACAAGUGCAGUUGUGUUUUGUCCCCACGAGGGUCAAUCUAAUCUCUGUGUGAGUGGAGCGGACGAUAAGACGAUCAAAAUAUGGGAUAUUGAGACCAAGGUAGUAACUGUAUCUCAUAAUGUUCACCAGGCCAAAAUAACAUGCAUCUGCUGGUCACAUGCUGCGAGUGAUCUUAUUUUCUCAGCUGAUGAAAAAGGCACUAUUAUUGCAUGGAGACACAGCCAGAACAUAGUAUACAGUGCUUGCCCUGUUCAAGAAUAUGUAUUCUGUAUAUCUGCAUCUCAUCAAUCUGAGCAACAUGCUGCUGUGGGUUACAAGAAUGGUUUAAUUGUUGUGUUGCAUUUUGAUGACCUGGGCGUGAGAGCAACCCAUAGACUGCGAGGACAUGAUGGGGACGUCCACAGUAUAGCUUGGUGCCCUGUACCAAUUGAACAACUUGACCUUGGACCUCUUCAGAAAAAAGCUCUUGCUUCUCAAGGCAAUCUUAUCAUAUCAGGAUCUAGAGAUCAAACUAUCAGGCUAUGGGACACUUUAGAAGGAAAACUCAUUUCCAUUUUUAACUUGCCUAAACGAUCUUCCCAGAAGUGGAGGGAUAAACAUGAUUGGCAGAGUAAGGACAGGCUGUGGCUGGCUGUAUGUUGGCCUGCAUCUUUGCAAAACAAGAUCAUUUCAAGUUCUCACAGUGGUGAGAUUCUACUAUGGGAUCUGAGUGUUGCUAGUGGACCAGAGCAGGCUCAGAGCUUUGGCCAAGGUCACUCGAGGAUUGUAUUUAAUAUUUGUUGUAACAAGGAAGGAACUAAAGUCAUUUCUUGUUCAAUGGACAGACAGAUAAUUGUUUGGGACCUUCAAAACUGCCGCAGCCUCCAUUCCAUCACCACACUUGGUGGUUUUGUUUACGCCCUGGAUAUCUCUCCUCUUGACCCUGGAACCCUUGCUGUAGGCGUGGGAGACAACAUGAUUCGAUUGUGGAAUACAACCUCUUCAGCUGGUGCUUAUGAUUCUGUAACCCUGUGGCAAGGAAUCAAGUCCAAAGUUCAAAUGGUUUCUUGGCAUCCUCACAAGGAAGGCCUCCUUGCUUUUGGUACAGAAGAUGGUCAAGUUGGAAUAUACAAUACUGUUUCUAAAAAACCUGAAGUCUUUGCAGCUUACCACAAGAAGACAGUGUACUCUGUGUCUUGGGGACCACCUUGUCCAGCCAUCAAAGAUAAAGAAGAGAGUGUAUGUCACCUGUACAGUUGUGGUGGUGAUGGUAGUGUGCUGGAACACAGACCUGGCCAUGCAAUGCAAGAUGCCAUUGACGUUAAUGCAAUGAUCAAAUCAACAAACAACUUCAAGCAUAAGCUGAUGUGUCGGACUGAUGUAGCUUGGAACAUUAGUGGCAGAGCCAUGGCUCUUGGCAAUGAUGAUGGGACCAUUGAAGUAUUCACUCCUCCUUCCCUUAGACGGGUGUGUACAAUAUCUGUUCAUAAGAAGAUCAUUACUUGUCUUGCAUGGCAUCAUGGGUAUGGCGAUGAUAGUGCAGAGGGAGAAGAAAAGUAUAAGUUCUGGUUGGCGUCAGGGUCGAACGAAUCAACAAUACAUAUCCACGAUCUUAGCAACGCUCUACGUUCUAAUUCUGACACUUCUUCAUCACCAACUGCCCCACCCAUCACGUCCAGUCAUCGUAAGCUCGUCGGUCACUCGGGUCGUAUAACAGCACUGUCUUGGAGUCCACAUCAGUGUAAUAUGAUCGUCUCAGGGUCCUAUGAUGGCACUGCUCAGGUUUGGGAUGUCGAGGAAAGCAGUCCUGUUGCUAACUAUCGUGACCAUGUGGGACGUGUGAUGUCUGUAACAUGGAGUUUUCUCGAUCCUGAUGUUGUUUACAGUGGAGGAGAAGAUGGGACUGUUCGACCAUGGAGGGUUAGUACACAGGAUCACACCCAUCCCCCCGUUUACGACAAGCAGUCCUCUCGCGGAGAAAGUAGAUCAUCAAAGAACAAAAAGAAAUCCAAGUCUAAAGCAAAAGAUAAGACCUCGCUCAAAGAAGUGAAAGACGACGCGUAUGCAACCACUGGAAACAUCGAUUAUCAUCAAGAGGGAAUGGCUACAUUAAUACAAGACAGUAUUUACGCGUCCAAGGAGUUUGACUCUCAAGAAAAAGCUGGUCUAGAAUCGCAGAAAGAAGGUAAUCAGACAACGGAACUGUUAUCAUGGAGAAAACCCAUGUUAUCAACCAACACAACUAACGUCAAUCAACCUGAUACAGCAAAGAUUGUUUCGUCAGUUGAUCUAGCAUUUGAUCAAAGAAAUGACGACCUGUUUGAUGCAGAAUCUAUUGGGGAUGAUGUCGAUGAUGCAAGUUCAUAUACAACUCAGGAAUCCGGCCCUACAGUCGUCGUGUCUAAAUCUAGAAGUGAUGCAGCAAAGAAGAAAAAGAAAGUCAAGUCACUGUUUCCCUUAUCAGCUGUGGCGGACAACAAGUCGAAGGCUUCAACACAGCAAGAGUGCAUUGCGCUUGCGCAGUACCUCUAUGAUAAGCAAGAUGGUACAGCAAGCAGUCCCGAUUGUCCUGACGCAAUAGUUCCUGGCGAGGCCUCUCACGUCAAUCUGGGAUUCUUUGCUGAUCGCCGUAGCGCGUACAAAAUGAUCGCUACUGAAGGUCAGCACCAUUCUUCUGCAAACAACCACGACUAUCAGCUGCAACUAGAGGUCUGGAAAGGAAAUCUUGGAGGCGCAUUGGAAAUGGCCAUCAAAGCAAAGCAACUCACUGAAUGGCUCGUAGCGCUAAGUCCCUUGGCUGGACAUGAUGUAUGGUUGAAUACAGCAGAGUCAUUUGCAGACCAGUUGGCUUCUCAAGGGGCACACCAGAGAGCCGUGCUUUACUAUCUUUCCUGUCAUAAAGUAUACCGGGCUAUAGAUGUAUACAAGAAUCAAUCCAUGUUUAGGGAAGCCAUUGGCCUCGCUAAAGUGAGGCUCUCACCCUCAGACCCAGUCCUUAGCGACCUGUAUUGUUCCUGGGCAAGAAAACUGGAAAUGGAGAAUUCCUAUGAACAAGCUGCAAAAUGUUACAUAGCUGCGAGUUUACCAGCUGAAGCUGCGAGAGUCUUGAGUACACGAGGUGACCAAUCAUCUUUGGCCACAGCUCUACAGGUGUCAGUCAUUUCUGGUGAGGACCAGCUUGCCUCGUCUUUAGCUGUCCGUGUAUUACAUAUUUGCUUAGAGACUGGUAACUGGGAUGCUGGACACAAGGCUUUGGCGCUGUGUACUGGAGUAGAGGGACAUCUUUUCGCUCUUUGUGUUCAUGAGUUACUGGUGAAAGAACUUGUUGGAGCAGGUUUUGUACAAGACGAUGAUUUCAAGGAUAAAAUUCAUUCUGAGCUCUUCACUGUCAAAGUCAAUGAGAAGAACACGAAGCUAGACUCUUUGAUAGACAGUAUUAUGGGAAGUCAAAGUGUUAUAUCGCCAUGGUUACUAGACACGCCUACAAAAGAUUGGUUCAUAGGACGGGUCUUGAAAGCCUGGGUUCAAGUCGGUGGUUUCACUACACGUUCAAUGUUGGAACGAGCAAUGCAACAGUUGAUGGCAUACUGUCAAUCAAACUUGAAUGAGAACUUGUCAAUGAAGCAGGUACUGAUAAGAAUAUCAUACGAUAUUUCCCUUGGAUUACUACGUGGUAUCACCCAAGACACCUACUCAURCUCUUUACCAUGGCUACAGGCUUUAGAUACCUGCUGUAAAUCCCGCUUCCUCGGUUUCCUCUUUCUGCCCCAGUUUCUUUGCGUCCUUCUCCUUCCACAGGGAGCCCAGUCUCUAAGAGACAUAUCAUGUAUUGGAAAAAGCCUCGUAGAACCUACAGAAGAGGAACAUAGUUCUAUUCCAAGUGUUCAGUCUUCUGACGAUGAGAUUUUUAGCUUUUUUGAUGGUUUUUACAACUUAAUGUUGUUGUAUAAGAUUUGGUGGAGAGAUUCUUCUGUCUUGAAAAGGUUUAACGGACAUGUAAGUCAUGAUGGCGUAGGUGAUCUGGAUCCAGUUAUAUUCGACAAAGUAAAUCCCUUACCAARUAACAGUGUUUGCGCAGGACAUCAAAGCGACAAGGCCAUUGAUGUGCCUCUCAAAGAAAGUAAUUCUCAUAGCAGUGGUCACGUCGAUGCAGCGUUUCAUGUUGACGACGAGAAAAGGGAUGGCAUUGCUACUUCAACACAGCUGUAUCAGAAAAGUGAUAGCUUUUUAGAGAAAAAAGCUAUUCACAAAGAGCCUCUUUCAUCUUGUACUUCGUUGAAUGAGAUUCUAUCUAAUGGUCCCAAGGAACCUUUAGACUUACACUUUGUCAUUUCUCGGGUACGUGAUGCCCUGCUGCGUAAAGAUCUUGUUGUAUGCUCGGCCCUCAAAGAACGACUCUUGGAAGUUAAAAAACAAGUGAUUCUUCUGCGCUCUAGAAGAAUAUUAGAAUCUGUUGUUGUGAAUAAAGCUCCUGCCAAGAAAAAACAGAGCUCAAAGAAGAAAGAAAACCAAAAGUUGGCCUCGAAAGUUGUUGCUGAAAAUCUAAGUUCCAAGAGCACUGAAGUGGGAGAAGAUGAUGAGAUGGAAAAUGGGACCCACACCCCCACGACUAACGAAACUGAAAACGAAGCCUUGACAGAAGCUGUUAAAGAUCUGGGAUGCACUAUGAUGAUUGAGGAUGAUGAGAUGGACGAUGGUAACACAGGGAGUGGCGACAUAGGAGAUCAAAGAUAUAGGGAUGUUGAGAUGUUAACUGCGCCUGCGCGACCUGAACCACUGGAUGUGAGGUAUAAAGGAAAAGGAUGGUCACUUGAGCUGAUGCAAAGUGAAGAACAACGUUUACUUGAAGAAUUGUCAAAAUAUCCAUUAAAGGAUUUACCAUUCCCAUACCCUGUUGAAGCGGCAUUGGUAUUAGGUCACCUGUGUAGUCACGUGAUCGCACUACCAUGCCAUGAGCCUGCGGUGCUGUAUGAACUUGGACUUGUGGCAGUAAAAUCAGCACUGGAGCAUGCUCAGUGGGAACAGGAACUGAAUUGCCUCAAGCAACUGGAGACAAAAUUAACAGAACUGGCCGGCAAAGAGUGAAGAAUGAAAUGGUCAACUUUAGAAG